GACUAUUCGACACAACUCACAGGUCAUCAGGUGGCUCGUCUCAUACUAGUUCCUUGUUCCCUGGGCCUUCCCUCGCCUUCAACACCAACCAUAAUACGCCCAAUCACCAAGAUGCUUAACUCCAUCGCAGCUUGGGCCGUUCUGGCCGCUACUCUAGUUCAGGGGGCGUUCACUUCCUUGAAAUCUUUCAGCGUUCAUCUUGACGCGCGUGACUCCAGUUUGGAAACCCGCGACGUUGAGCUUGAUACGCGUGUCUCUGACCUCGAAAAGCGCGAUAUCGAAUCCCGCGAUAAUCACGUUGUUCGCAACGGUUUUGCCGAUUUUGAAAGGUUCAAUACAAACACAACUAGUAUCACUGAGAUUGGUUAUUACGGUGGACUUCAGUGGAAGGGUUUUGUCGCCAUUGAUGCAACCAGAGGCCCUAUUACUGCUAUUAGGCCGCAAUCGCCGACUAAUUUUGCCGCCUACGGAGCACUCAACUCGACAAUGGGCCGUGCUAUCAGUAUCUCGGCUCAGUUCGAGGGAUCUAAGACCUUGGAUUUUAGCAUCAGCUCUUUCUACUUUGGGUGUGCUGGGGCCAGCACCGGUGUUCCUGCGGGGUGCAAAGUGGCAAUAACUGGUUACAACCCUGAAGGCAAUCCCAUUGCUUACCAGCUGAACUACUUCACGCCAAAGGCCGGUCUUAAAAACAACAUGCAAUUGGUGCAGCUCAGCAAUGAUUUCAAGGACCUUGGAUUCGUUAUAUUUAAGUCAACAUACGUGGGGAAUAAUACAUAAGGCGUGUCUGUCUUCGACGACUUCAG